AUGGAGUACAAUGAAGACGAUCCAAGCAUCAAACCUCAACUACUCACUACAAUUACAAUUUACAAUUACGACUACCUCGACGUGAACGACGAUGAGGAAGAACUGGGCGAUGCAUUCAUCGACAAAAACGACGCCAGCUAUAACCCUAGAGGGUAUUCUCACAAGUUUCAACAAAGCCAACACGCUUUUGAGAGAUACCCAAAGAGGCAAAGGCUCAAAAACCAAGUUUACAAGUUUGAAUUUGCUCCGAGAAACCUCAGAUUAUUUUCAUAUGAAGAUGGGGACAGGGAUGAGAAUACUGCGUUUGAAUGGAGCGAGCAUGAGAAAUUUGUUCUUUUGGAGGAGACUUCCAAAAUUGACAGGAAUGAAGCUCAGUGUAGGCAAAUGAUGGAUGUUUUGAAGAUGAAGUAUAAAAAAGAGAAGGCUAGAGAAUCUGGAACUGUUGGUGGGUUUACUAUAGCUUGUGGGGUAGAUUCGGGGGAGUAUAUUUUUAUGGACACGAGCGUUUUUUUGGAUCGCUCCAAUAUGAAUGAUGAGAUGAGGGACAGUCCAUGUGAGUCGGAGGAAGAGGGGGAGGAAGAGGAGGAGGGAGGGAGUGGUGGCAAUGAGGGGGUGAAGGGGUUGAGGGUGUUGGCUGAAUCGGUGCAGAAGUUUGGGGAGAUAUAUGGGAAGAUUGAGAGUAGUAAGAGGGAAGAAGAUGGUGAGGAGGACGAAUACAAUUUCGACGAUGAGGAUGAUGAGCAGGAGGACGACUAUGAUGAUUCUGGAGGGAAUGUCUGCAAAUGA